AUGACCCAACCGCCGCGACAGCUACGAUUUUUGCUUCUGUUCAUCGCCAUUUCUACAGCAUCGGCAGCAACCCUGCCAUGCCUGGACGACUGUCUCUGUGAAAGGGAUGAAGAGAGUCCACUGAUUCGUUGCGAGAAUGGCCAACGACAAGCGCUUGAAAUUCCCAGCCAUGAAAUGAGUGGAUACCAGUAUAUCGCUUUCACCUGUAAUGAUCUACGACAGCUUCCACCAGCAGCGCUUCUCAAGGCUGCCUUCCCGGAUCUUCAAGGUAUCGAUAUCCAGGGCAACCCGUUGUUCAACUGUUCGAGUCUGGCCAACAUCCGCGAAGAAAUCGCCAUUCUCACCGAUUGUGACGCUGACACAAAACCGAUCAAGUGCGAUGUUAUCGAUAAGGAGUGUGACUGGAAGUGCAAGACGUUGAGUAAGCUGCGUGAGCUUUGGAACAAAGUCAAGAAAAGUUUCAUGUCGAAGAUGAAAGAAUGGGGAGCAGAAGAGACCAUGAACGACAUCUCGAAUUGGUUUACGAAAACAUACCAGUCGCUUGCAUCGACCUUCUCCCAUUGA